AUCUAUCUAUCUAUCUAUCUAUCUAUCUAUCUAUACAUGUAUGAUCCACUGUCACAUUGUUUGUGAAAACUUUUUCAAACAAAAAGAGAGAUGGGUGCAGUUCCGUCGAAAUUACUGCUGAAUUAAACUUUUCUGUGCCUGGAGGGUUUGUAAAACAUAUACAAAUACAUUUUAUGUAUUUAUAUAUAUGUAGCUAUGUAAAAUAUAGCUAUAUAUAGUACUGAGAGUGAAUUUCAUCGUACGCACACACAGCUCGAACCUGAUGCCCAGACCUGAUGCAACGUGUCAUCAGACACAUAUGUGUGUGUGUGUAUAUAUAUCACACAGAAGGACACACAUACUUUUACAUCAUUUUGGUCUUGUCUGAUGACACUUUGCAUCAGGUCUGGGCAGUGUGUGACAUGAAAUUCACUGUCAGUACUCUGAAACUCCUCAGUCAUGCUGACAAAAUGAGUCAGAGGGUUUUUUUUCUAUCUCACUUAACAAUAGAUGAAGACAGACAGAGAAGACCGUAAACAUUUAAUGACAGAUUAAACCAGGGUGUCAGUUCAGCGUGAGUCACUUUACACCUUUCACUCGCUUUCAUCCGGAAAAAACUCACCUGGGAAAGCACAUGAUUGUUUCAUCACCUUGGUGACUCACUGUUUAGAGAGUCGCACACAUCUCCGCAAUUAUAAGGGUGGGGAGAAUGCUUGGCAGUGCACUGACCCUUAUUACUGACCGAAGUGAGAAUUAUACAUGCUGAUAAGGUCUUGGCAGAGCUCCAUGAUGUAUUUGUUUACUUCUUUGGUCUGUCCUAUCAAUCACCAGCGACGGAAACUGCAGCAUUUUUGCUCUCUUGUUCAACGCAGGGGACAGAAGAGGCUGAGAUCAGAUAUGCAGAUCCAUUUCGUGCUAAAAAUACACAUUUAAGCUUAUGUCUAUUGUGUGACCACAUGAUUGCUGUCAUGGCAGAUUAAGAAAGUUCCCUGUUUUGACAUUGAUUGCUUCUUUGUUCUUUUAUCUGUCUUCGAUCUAACCUUGAGACAUUUACUCUCUAGGGUGCUCGACAUUAAGAGCCUUGAUAUAGACGUAAUAAACUGUAUCCCUUUGUUAAUUGCAUGUGGUCUGUUGAAAAUGUGUAAUCGGCUUUGCCAGAUAAUGGCCAGCAGCUCGGACAGCUGAGGUUUUGAGCUCCGUGUUAGGUGAAUCUCUCAUCAGCUGGAACUUGCUUUUGACCUUUGACUGUACUGGGCACAGCUGCAUUGAAAACAUUUAGACACAGACUGGCGAGGGUCAUUAAACUAUCACAUGCAUAACUCUGUUGGACUUCUUCGAAGUGGUUCGCGUGGAUCAUUUAUUUGUGAAAAGUAAUGAAUAACUGGAAAUUCAAAUGCUUCAUCAUGCUGAGGUGGACGUAACCAAAUCUUAUCCCAAAAUCUCUUCAUCCCAUUUCUGCUGUCGCCUCCCUUUGUGUGUUGAUAAAACAAAAAACCAUGCAAACGAUUAAAAAUUGUCUUUCUUACAUUUCUGAUAUUAUAGUUGACAUCUUGUUAUCACAUAAGACAAAACGCUACCAUAUUAUGACAUAUGGCUCUCGAUGAGCCCAUCACAGGCUCACCUGACCAAACAGGGGUGUGGCAACACAGGAGCACUAUAAAUGAAGGCAUGCCAGGAAUUUAGUUCAUAGCAUAGGCAAACCUUAUCCAUUCACUGCUGCUGCUCUCACAAAUCAGACCUACCCGGCUGGCUCACCAUGUGCAUCUCCCACACGAUUCUCCCACUCGUCACCUGCACGCUGCUGCUCCUCGCCUCCACCUCAGGCGAAGGCCAGCUUCACGAGGCCCACGAAAACACACCUGAUACGGAGAGGAUGGACAGCCAGGCAGUUCUGCUUCUGGAGGCUGUGAAGACAGGGAUCCUCAGCUCUUUGGGUAUGGACGUGGAGCCCAGACCGACCCAAAAGGCCUCGAAAAAGGAGCUCAGGAAGAUGUAUCAGCUCUACAGGAGAAAAAUAAGGGAGAUAAGAGGAAAUUCCAGCCAGCCAAUGGGGGAAAACUCGCAAUCCACCAUGUCCACUGUGCUCUUUCCAGUUUCACCAGUAAAAGCGCUUCGGAGGGGUCCACACUCAGGUCCAAGCAUGCGGUGGUACAGAGCUGUUUUCCAAAAGAAUACGAAUAUUCAGAAUGACUUGACUGUAGCUCGAGCAAAGCUGAAGAUUUCCAGACAGGUUCUGGGUAAACUCACUUCAGUGAGGCCUGAAGCAAGGGAGGAGAUUAAAAUUAAAGUCAAUGGGGGAAAGCCAGCGGUGUGGCCAGCUGCCUGGACUGACUCUGUAGCCCAAACUAAUAUCUCAAACAUUCAAGAUGUUUACCUGGACAUCAUCCCAGAGGUAGAGAAGUGGUUCGGGACUAAUGGGAAGCCACUGGUUGUGGAUGUACGGUUGGCUAACAGAGAGGCCCUCAAGCCGACCUUUUCUCUGGAAUUAGACCUCACGCAAGCCAACCAGAGGACGAGGCAGCGUCGCUCCAACAAGCAAGAUGACUGCGAUGAACCAGGAUGGUGCUGCCGGAAGUCAGUCACGGUGUCCUUCAAAGACAUCGGCUGGACAGACUGGGUUGUAGCCCCAGUCGAAUACACCAUGCAUUUUUGCGAUGGCACCUGCCCCCACAACUACAAGCCGGCAAGCAUGCACACUCAGGUCAAGUCUCGGCUGCACCAGAUCACCAAAGGAGGGACACCUCACCCCUGUUGUGUGCCAGCAGCCUACGAGCCCAUGGUCCUCAUGCACUACGACAGCAGGGGAAAACUGACACUGACUACUUUCACUGACUUUAUUGUCAGUAAAUGUUACUGUGCCUGAGAACAAAAUGCAACUAACCACUUCUUCAAAAUUUAAAGAAGUGUAUUUUCUGGAGUGUGUUGUCUUUUUUUUUUUUUUUUUUUUAAAGCGUUACAUACAAAAAAACACAAAAAACGGAGGUCUUCAAUGAGUAUUAACGAAGCAAUUACAUUUAAAAUCAGAGUUAUCCAUUAGUUUAAAAAGCGGAUAGACGUGUGCCUGUAAACAUUUUCUAUUAGUUAUUUAUUUAAGUCUAUUUAUGGUACUGUUUGUGUUGCCUUGUUUUUGAUUUGUUACAUUAUUGUUUAGUACUAUUUAAUAUUUAAUUGCACCGGAUUCUCUGAUUUUGUGAGUUUUUUUUUUUGUAUUUUGUUUGAUGUCUUAUACAUUUCAGUUCAUAUGGAAAUACCAAAAUGAAUGUUGCUUAUGCUGAACUGCUGCACUUAAAGUUGUGAUAAUAAAAGUAUGUUUUCUUACAUUUCAUUGUCUAUGAGCCUUUAAACGCACACUGUAACACCUUGCCUCCACUGUAAAAGAGUGCAACUACUUAACCAGCCUGCCUGAAGUCCAGAUCUCUCAUCUAGCGAAGGCAGUUGGCAAGUUAUGAAAUGAAAAAAAAAAAAUAAAAAGUUGAAAUCCUAGGAGAAAAUACUUGGCA